CGCUUCCUCGUCCUCCUCCUCCUCGUUUCGCUCACGAGAAAGCACGCAAACGCGGUCCUCGCUCGAGAUCCCCCACCGCCCGCCCCCUAAAGCCUCGCGGCGCCGACCCCGACCCCCCGUGGAUCCACCCUGCGCGCGGCCUCUAGAGCUAGUCCAGAUCCGCGGGGCGCGCGCCCUCACCAUCAUCACAUCGCGCGCCCAGCUAGCCGCGCCUUGGAGGCAAGGCAUCGUGCGUGCCACCGUACGUCCACCGAUCGGUCUCGAUCUCGGGCCCUCCCGCUGACGCCUUCGGCUGGCCUAAUAGGGGCGCCGCCGGGGGAUCGGAGGGGGGCGCCGCCGUCAUGUGGAAGGGGAAGAAGAGCGGGCCUCUGGCGCCGCGGGGCCGGAAGCGGGAGUUCCCCAUUCGUGCGGCGGACUACGAGCUGCUCGAGCCUAUCGGCGACGGCGCCACCGCCGUCGUCCGCCGGGCGCGCUGCCUGCCGCACGGCGGCGAGAUCGUCGCCGUCAAGGUCAUGAACAUGGCGCACCGCACCGAGUCCGACGUGAACAAUGCCUCAGAGGAAGUGAAGACCAUGAUCAUGAUCGACCACCCAAACCUUCUCAGCGCGUACUGCUCGUUCACGGAAGGCGAAGCCCUGUGGAUCGUAAUGCCCUACAUGGCCGGAGGUUCGUGCUACCACCUGAUGAAAUCGUCGUACCCCAAGGGAUUCGACGACGAGAACUUCAUCGCGUUCGUGCUGCGCGAAACGCUGAAAGGUCUGGAGUACCUUCAUGAGAACGGCCACAUACAUCGGGAUGUAAAGGCUGGAAACAUACUGCUUGAUCAAGAUAAAGGAGUCAAACUAUCGGAUUUUGGAGUUACCGCCAGCCUUUAUGACUCAAUAAUCAAUAGACACGGCAAAAGGAAGACACUUGUUGGGACGCCUUGUUGGAUGGCCCCUGAAGUUAUGGAGCAAAAGGAUUACGAUUUCAAGGCGGAUAUUUGGUCAUUUGGCAUUACUGCACUUGAACUUGCUAUUGGUCAUGCACCAUUUUCUAGCCAACCUCCAGCAAAGGUUUUUCUCAUGACGUUGCAACAUGCCCCUCCAUCACUUCAUAACACGAAGGAGAAGAAGUUUUCAGACUCUUUUAAAAGUAUGAUUGCCACUUGUCUCAUUAAAGACCCAACAAAGAGGCCACCUGCAAAAAAGCUAUUAAAACACCCAUUUUUCAGAAGAGCAAGGUCAGACCAUAAUGCCGUGAAAUGUAUGCUAAAUAAGUUGCCGUCAUUGGCUGAGCGAAUGCAAUUUAUAAAGGAAAACGAGGCGAAGUUGCAGGCAGAUAAAAAACCUCUUGAUAACUGCAAAGAGAAAGCAUCACAGGAAGAGUAUAGAAGAGGUGUGAGUGAGUGGAAUUUCGAUAUUGCAGAUUUAAAAGCACAAGCGGCAUUGUACCCCGAUGAGAACGAAGCAGAAGACUUCUUACGUUUUCUAUUUGAACUGGACAUUGUUGAUGAAACAACCCAGUUAAAAGAUAUUAGAGCAGAAAGUCACUCUAUAAAUAAUGAUGGAACGAAUGUUGCUGAUGAUGGCUUAGGAAAAUCAAAUUCAACAAGUCCGAUGUCUUCAUCCCAAAGUGUGAAACAGCUUGAUAAAGGAAGUCCUAAUGGCCUUGUGCGCAGUGAAUCAUUUGAAAUUCAUUCCAUAUCACCCGCUAAGCAACUGACAACAGCAGUUUCUACGUGCAACGAUGUUGAUGAAUAUUUAGAGAAAACAGCUUUUCAGAAGGGUCGUUUUAAGGUGAUACAUGAUUAUAGCAAGCUUGAAGGAGCAACGCCAAGAGAGAAGGAAUUAUUAGAUCGUAUAAGUAGUUUAGAGCAAAUGCUUCUUGCUACCCAAGACGAAGUUGAGAGGCUUAAAGCAAAGGGUAAAUAUGCUAUAAUGCUGGUAUAGUAGCACUUCAUUAGACUUUUAAUCAUCACCGAUAAAUGGGUUAUAUUGUUUAUCAGAGUCAUAAGGAGCAGAAGGAUGACUGCAACAACAAUAGUAGUGAAGUGGAAGUUAAAUUCAACUGUUACCUAGAGCUUGUAAUGAUAGAAAGCAGUUGUAGUACGUUUUAACCAUAAAAGAGUACACUAAGUUGAUCCGAUGGAUUAUCUAUUAGAAAUCAUUUGCGCAUUAUGUAUUAUUUUCAAAUAUUUCUUAGAUAUUUCCUUUCUUAUUAGAUGGAUUUAAAAAUGAGAUUUGUUAUAUAUGAUGGUCUAGUGUUAUGAUGU